AUGCUUAUGCAAAAACGCCUGUUUCACAGCUUGGUUUCACUCGUUACUACUAUAUCCUUCCUCUCAUACUUUGCAAUGGCUAUGGGAUACGGAGUAUCGUAUAAGCAUUAUACCAACCACAAACACCACAAACACUCACCGGAUACUAUCCAGGAGACUUGCCGUGAGGUGUACUGGAUUCGAUACGUCAACUGGAUGUUGACCGUGCCGCUGAUCCUCACCUGUCUCUCGUUUUUGUCUGGGGUAAAUGGAGCUAGCCUGUUGGUAUCAAUCUCUGCAGCUCUUGUCAUGUUUGUAGCUGCUCUCAGCAGCUCCUUCAUGGACAAACACUAUCAAUGGGCCUGGUUCGUAAUCUCUUGCUUGGGAUACCUGACAAUUGUGUACCAAACCGGCUUCCAAGGCCGUAGAGCCUCUCUUGCAAAGGAUCAACAGGCCCGCAAUUUCUAUACUUCCAUUGCAAGCUUCUCUUUGGCAGUGCUGCUUGUCUAUCCAAUCAUCUGGGCUAUCUCCAAUAAUGCUCGAAAGAUGAGCAUUGAUGCAGAGAUAAUAGUUUUUGCUAUCCUUGACAUAUUGCUUCAAGGUGUCUUUGGAUAUUGGCUUAUCGCCUCUUAUAACACAAUAAGAUCCAUCUCGGUCACCCUGGAUGGUUUCUGGGCGAAUGGCGUUAACGGCGAAGGCAAUAUCCGGGUUGGAGAAAAUGAGAACGUAUGA